AUGGCUGCCGCCGGCUGGUCGUCCCUCCUCGCCGAUCUCCUCAAGGAGAUCUCCGGCCGGCUGUCCUCCGACGCCGACCUCCUCCACAUCCACCAGGUCUGCCUCCACUGGCGAGCUUCCACCUCUCUCCCAGCCGCCUGCCGCCCAUGGGUCGUUGCUGGCCGCGCUCGGCGGAGCGGAUUGGUACCAAUCGGCGACUACUCACUCCGCCUCCCUCGUCGCGGUGCGCGGAGGAUAGAAGUCGGUGCUCCUCCGGCCGGCUUCCCUUACUACUGCGGCACGUCCCGGGGUUGGCUCGCCUUGGUCGACGACGACCGAUCCCCAACGCGGCUCGUGCUGUGGGAAUUUCUCUCCAAUACGGAGAUCUCUCUCCCAUGUCCGAGCCCUCUCACCCGGAUCUUUGUCUCCGAUGAUCCGCUCAUAUCGUCCAACUGGUUUGCGAUUGCUACGCAGCGCAAGGGUCGGAUAGGGCAGAAGACGCUCCUCUGGCGCCCUGGAGAUGCCGACUGGACCAUGAUGUAUGAGCGAGGUACGUUCGAAGUUGGUUCCAUCGCAUUCCUGGAAGGAAAAGCAUACUACAUCGAUGUGGAGAAAAACAUUAUCAUCUGUGAUCUCAACACUCCUUCUCCCAAGUGUACUCGGAUGUACAAUAUUUGCUCCGUAGUGAAUAAGCUCUGCAAGUGUGACAGGUUUCAUCCCAUGCGUGGGGUGCACCUGGUAGCCUGCAACGGCGAGCUGUUGCUUGUGGUGUUGCGUUUGGGAAACCAUCCAUCGCCGGCUGAAGUUUACAAGCCAGAGUGGAUGCCGGACCUGCAAGUGGAGCUCCACGAGAGGGUGAUGGACCUUGGUGACUACUCGCUGUUUGUGGGUCGAGGGGACACUUUUUCCCUCUCUGCAAAGGAGUUUCCUUCGAUCAAGAGGAAUUGUGUUUACUACGCAGAUAAUAAACCUUACAACCAAAAGUAUUGGAUAUCUGUGUUCCAUUUGGGAUCUGAUGUUAUGGAAGAAAUCCCUUACCCAGAGGAGCUCAAGCAAGACACAACCAACUGGACACCGCAUGACUGGUUUUGUCCUAGAAAACCCAACUGGACACCGCAUGCCUGGUUUUGUCCUAGAAAACCCUUAAGAAGCAAUGAGUUAGGUGCAGAGAAAGUGAAGAGCAAGUUGUUAGCAGCCAACUCAGAGCAGCACUACCCCAUCAAAAGUAGAAAAAUAAACCUUUACCUUCUUGCUAACCUGUAA